AUGCCAGCACUGUCCAUGUCUCGGCUGCAGACCGGUCUGUCCUUUCUGCGACCUGAACCUGAAGACCUGGAGGACCUAUACAGCCUCUACAAGAAGCUGCAGCAAGAGCUGGAGUUCCUGGGGGUGCAGGAGGAGUAUAUCAAGGAUGAACAGAAGAACCUGAAGAAGGAGUUCCUCCAUGCCCAGGAGAAGGUAAAGCAAAUCCAGAGCAUUCUGUUAGUCAUUGGUCAGUUUUUGGAAGCUGUGGAUCAGAACACAGCCAUUGUGGGCUCUACCACAGGCUCUAACUGUUAUGUGUGCAUCCUGAGUACCAUUGAUUGGGAGCUGCUCAAACCCAAUGCCUCAGUGGCCCUCCACAAGCACAGCAACGCACUGGUGAAUGUGCUGCCUCCCGAGGCUGAAAGCAGCAUCAUGAUGCUCACCUCAGACCAGAAGCCCAACGUCAUGUAUGCCGAUAUAGGAAGCAUGGACAUCCAGAAGCAGGAGGUGCGGGAGGCAAUGGAACUCCCACUUACGCACUUCGAGCUCUACAAGCAGAUUGGCAUCGAUCCUCCCCGAGGGGUCCUCAUGUAUGGCCCACCUGGCUGUGGAAAGAUCAUGUUAGCAAAAGCAGUGGCACAUCACAUGACAGCUGCAUUUAUCCGUGUGGUGGGUUCAGAGUUUGUUCAUAAGUACCUGGGUGAGGGCCCCCAAAUGAUCUGGGAUGUGUUCCACCUGGACAAGGAGAAUGCACCUGUCAUCAUCUUCAUAGAUGAAAUUGAUGCCAUUGCCACCAAGAGAUUCGAUGCCCAGACCGGAGCUUACAGGGAGGUUCAGAGGAUCCUGCUGGAGCUACUGAGUCAAAUGGAUGGAUUUGACCAAAACAUCAGUGUGAAGGCAAUCAUGGCCACAAACAGAACAGACACCUUGGAUCCAACUCUACUUCGGACAGGACGCCUAGACCACAAAAUUGAAUUCCCACUCCCUGAUCGUCGCCAAAAGAGGUUGAUUUUCUCCACCAUCACCAGCAAGAUGAACCUUUCUGAGGAGGUCGACGUAGAAGACUAUGUGGCCUGCCCAGAUAAGAUUUCAGGAGCUGAUAUCAACUCCAUCUGUCAGGAGAGUGGAAUGUUGACUGUCUGA